AUUUCUAUGGGGCGUCAGGGACUUCGCGUAAAAAUGUUUUCGGUUUUGGUUUUGCCAACCGUAUUGUGUUUGACUUAUGCCGCUCCUAGUAUCAGGAUAAUGCCAGAGCAUCUUCUGCCUCCUCAACUGCUGACACUUCCCAGCAACGCCACGAGCAUCCGCUCGGAAAUCAGCGAUUCUUUCAGCUGCGAGGGGCGCGAGUACGGGUACUAUGCCGACGUGGAAAAUGACUGUCAAUUGUUCCAUGUCUGCCUACCUAUGAAAUAUUCUGACGGCAGAAGCCAGACAUUUAGGUGGAGCUUCAUAUGUCCUGAAGAAACAAUCUUUAAUCAGGAAAUGUUCACCUGUACAAGGUCGGAUGAGUCCAUGGACUGUUCCCAAUCACCUCAGUUUUACGAACUGAAUCGCAACUUCGGCAGCGAGGAGGAGACGAGCGGGAUAAACCACCACCGGCAUCCGGCUAUCCUCGAACCGGCAGAAAUGCCCGGACUCGAAAAGGAUGAAGACGCGCCUUCUGUGCCGGCUGAAGUUCCACAGUCGCUAGCUAGGAAUUUUGUGAAAAAGAGUGGCAAAGUUACCGACAAUUAGAGACCCUAUGGAAUAACGUGAUGAAAGAGUGUGAUACGGAAAUAAGCAAUACGCUAUAUUAGUGAUGACAUAGCACGGGCCAUUUUGCUUGGCAAGUGUCAACAUUUGGGAUCCAAACGAACUCAGUUUUUGCGUUUCUUUAUUAUUAGAGAUGAUUUAAGUGAGUUCGUAAUAAUUAAUCAAUAACUACUUUGUAAGUAAGUUUUAGAAUUAGAAAUAAAAUAACGAGCGAUAUUAUUUCAUUAAAAAUGAAAAUAUAUCCUGCAAACUUGUCCAUUAUUGACACAUGUUUUUUUGCAUUUUCAAAUAAUAUAAUUUCAAAUAAUAAGUUUAGGCUAGAUUUUGAUUUUCAAUUAAAUCCUCUAAGUCGUUGUUUCAUUUCAAAUUCUAAUUACUUAUAAAGCAAUAAUUGAAUAGUACACUUAUCAUAAAUGAUUACAAUUUUAUUUAUUUAUUUAAGAACAAUUACAAAUUGACACAAAAACAAUAUUAAGUGACUAUAGUAAAACAAUGAAAACAUACCAACAAACCAAAAUGCGGAAACAUCUGUUUGUGCACCCAAACCAAAACACAACAAAAUUAUUAAAUAAUUAAAUAUACAUAGAGUGUAAUAGACGCAUAAAAACAAGAAAAAAAAAAGGCUUCCGACAACGAAUAUAACCUAAAAUGGUAAAAAAACAAAUAAUUUUGUCCUUGGGGUCUCCUGUAUAUAACAGUUAAAUAAUUUUAACCGUGGUCAAUUAAUAAACUGUAUACAACAAUAGUGUCCCGAUGUUGUAAAGUUUAAUUGUUAAAUGUUAACUAAUUUUCUACCCAUUAACUAUCUGAUUAUAUAGAAUUUGUGUAGCACCGAACUUUAUUACAAAGGUGGGUUGAUUCCACCUCCAAUGUUUGUCUACCAUUAUUACAAGAUAACUUGGGGCAUUGAUUUUCUAAAUAAAUAAGAUAAAAUGUGAUUUUUUUAAAAUUAGAGUGUAUUUAGAAGCGUCUAGAAAAUGUUUUUCGAAGUCUUGAAUUUAUACUUAAUUUUAUAAAUAAAAAUAAAGUUAUUUUAGUAAGUUCACGGAUAGUUCUUUUAAGGUUAAGGAGGCAUUCAGUGACAUGUUACAUAACCUUGCAAUUUGUUAUUUCAUCAAACCUCCCACCCAUGUCUCUGUCGCGCAUGGUGAACUACGCAAUUUUAAUGAAAAGUUGUGCAACUCUCUUAUUGGUAAGUUUCGGAAUCCCACAAUAAUCGUUACAUUGCCACGCAUUAUUCCAAAAAACUCAACAAAAACGUACGGAAAAUAGCGAACUUUUUUAUCUCCGUCCCAAUCUCAACAUACAGGUGGGACCGUAGAAAAACCGACAGGAAAUGGUGGACACAGGUGAGCGGUUUGCGCCAGAAGCACGCGCCUGUUGCAAACCGAUCUAGACGAAUGUGUAUUUACGUACUUUUAUAUGUUAGAAAACAGGGUAAAGUCUACAUUUUAAUAAUCAUGGAUCGUUUUGGCGAGAUUUAGAUGUAGUGGAACGCAACUAUUAGAAGAUCUAAGAAAGGAUGAUUACGCCUUCCGAGUUGGUGAUUAGAAUACAAGGGGAAUUUCGACAAAAAAAACUUAUUCUUUACUAUUUAAAAAUCUUCUGGAUCCCUCCUGCGUCGGUUGUUGUUGAAUCGAACGCGAUGACGCUUCACCAAUGAUCCUGUUCACUUCUUCAGUUUCAGAAGAACCUGACAGGAUUCUUGACUAAACGUCAGCGAGUUAGAUUCAUGAAUAACUGACUCAGAAGGAGUCCAGAAGAUUUGUAAGUAGUGCUGCCUUAUUACUUACUUUAUUUUGUCAGUUGAAGAUUUUAUUACUUUUUUUUCUUUUCAUUUCACCAUUGUGAUCUUUAAUUUCAAUUCAUUUUUCUUUUCAAUCUUUACCUUAAAUAAAGUGAAAUAAUGUCAAACGGUCAUAAAAAUUCCUGCAACGUGUUACGCAGCAUUUAAUAAAUAAUGAACAAAUGAUACGCGGGUAAAAGCUAGUAUUUUUCUAUGGUUUCUAUACAGCUCAAUCUUCUCUUUGCCCCACUCCACAAAUAGCAUAAAUAAAAUACCUAAAUACGAAAACGCAAAUAGGUAAUUUUUAACAGUAUGUUUAGAAGAGAGAAUGUUUAGAACUUAAAAAUCAGAGGGUAAUUGGCUAUACAGGCGGUAAAUGUAUGUUAACGAACGUUCGAACGAUUUAGUCUGAUUAGGGGUGUGCACGUGAGUCCCAAAUUUAAUUUAAUUAAAAAAAAAUUGAGUCAAUAAAAUGUUAUGGAAACAAACGAAUAAGUGUAAUUUCCUUCUAUUUGCCGUAGUCAGCUAUUUGUCCCACUUCAGUUUGUAGGACUCUCUUUCAUAUUUACGAAUGCUGUAAAUGAACCUCAAGCACGAACCCCAGUUGUACCCUCCAUUAAUACCAAGCACGGACCCACCACAUCACCAUAGUUAAAAUGAUUUAAAAAUUUGUAUACCUAAAUUUCUAGGUGAUUUAAUGCAGGACACA